CACAGUUGUGCCCUGGAUUGUAACAGAGUGAGAGCAGCCCUCCUGCAGCCUGAUUGCCCACCACCAUGGAUGUCAAACUACUGGCACUGAUGACUCUGCUGGCUGUGGCCACACGCAUACCAACCUCCAACGCUAAGCCCAUCAGUCUGGUGGAGCGCUGCUGGUGUCGUUCCACCCUCAACACGGUUCCUCAGCGAUCCAUCAAAGAGCUCAAGUUUCUCCACACACCCAACUGCCCCUUCCAAGUCAUUGCCAAGCUGAAGAACAACAGGGAAGUUUGCAUCAACCCAGAGACCAAGUGGCUGCAGCAGUACUUAAAGAACGCCAUUAACAAGGUGAAGAAAACCAGAAGACGCAAUAGCAAGAAGAACUAAAAGGGGAUGUACAUCAUCAGGCAUCCUCAGAUCAAACCUGUAUACCUCCCUCCCACUGCUCUGGAUGUAUGUAAACACGCUGUAUGUACUCGUCCACCUCUCUGGACCGCUUGCGGAACCAGCACUUCACCGCCAAACUGUGCCAACCCCAGCACCGCUGUAGGUCCCUCUGGACGCCCACGCAGUCACCUCCAACCAUCCAUAUUAGCACCAAGUGCAAUUCCACCUCAUCCCUGGAAUGAUGGGACACAUGUUGAUGUCAAAUAUAUGAGUGUGAGUGCUGGGUGAUUGACACAAGAGAGAGAAAGUGUGUUUGAAUGUGCUUCAUGUGAACUAACUGUGUGUCUGUUUAAAGUAUUUCCUUACUUCACGCAGCUAUAAAGAGAUAAUUUGAGCUUUCUGUCUCACAUACAAGGCUUUGUGGGUAAUGCGACUUUCACCUCAUGUCAGAUUAAUGAUAAAUAUGAGCUGCUGACAGAGAAACAUUUUCACAUCAGUCUCCCGGUGGAAUUAUGAUUGGGGUUUUGUUGACAGGCCCUGAUGAUAUAUUAGGCCAAGUCAAAUGUAACAGUUAUUCUCACAAAAAACAAUUUUCUCCCCUUUUUAAAAAAAUAAAAUAAAAUAUAUAUAUAUAUAUAUAUAUAUAUAUAUAUAUAUAUAUUAGAUGUCAGUUCUCCAAAAUUAAAUGUAAAAGCCUCCUCUGAUAGGAAUUGAAAGUGGCAUUACUCAUAGAUAGAGAUUCAUGGGACAAUUCUUGCUCUGUCUAAAAGCUGGCUGCACCAUCAGGAACAAAACAGAAGCUCACACAAACUACUAAUUAACAAGCACUGAUCUUAUGGUGCUAUAUAUUCAGUAUAAAGGGUCAGAGCCAUUUAUAUUAUGGGACUUCACUGUUUAUUUUAUGCUAGAUUUAAGAAGGAUUGUUGUGACUCUUGGAUUCUGUUAUUGCCAGUCACAAAGCAAAAUAAUCAUCAGUCUGCAAAAUGGAACUGUUGUUGGAUAUGGAAAAUGAAAUAUAAAGCUGAUGUAAGGUUAAGGCCACAGUGUACUGAAAAUGGGAUAAAACAAUUACCAAUGCAGCUUUUUAUUGAUUGAACACAUCAGUAAAUAGAGACCAAAUAUUUAUUCAGUAAGACACUCAACAUAAAGAAACCAGCAAUUUAACUGCAGUAUUUUCAUACCAACACCUGUCCUUGGUAGGAAUGAAAAGCUAAUAAAUUGUCACAUAGAAGUCAGUUCAUGGUGGCAAAAAGAAGUUUUGAUGAUCAAUUUUUAAACACACAGACAGACAGACAGACAGACAGACAGACACACACACACACACACACACACACACACACACACACACACACACACACACACAUAUAUAUAUAUAUAUAUAUAUAUAUAUGGUGGCGAAAAGAAUGUUUUUGAUGAUCCUUUUUUACACACACACACACACAUACAUAUGUGCGUGUCUAUACAUAUAUAUAUAUAUAUACAAAUAUAUACAUACGUGUGUGUGUAGUAUAUAUAUAUAUAUUUGAGCCACUUUAUUAUCAAAUAAAUGUGUUUUAAAUGUAAUUGUUUUAUUUUUAUAUUGUGUAUAAUCUUACUAAAUUCUUUUUUAAUGCAACGUACAGUAGGCAGUUGCUACUAAAUGAAGGCUAUGCUAUAAAAUGUUAUACAGUGUUAAAUUUCAUUUUUAAGGUUUCAUGCAAAAUUUUACGCAGGUAAUUUGUAAUGAUUUGUUUGCAAAUAUGAUACAAUACAGUAUGCAAUACAUUCCUCCUCCAAAGAUAUUUUUUAUCUUUUUUUAAUAUAAUUUUGCUUUAAAAAAUCAUCCAAACAAAUUAAACAUUGCCCUCCUACACUGUUGUUCUCUCCAUUUGUAUUUCCCUAUUAGUCAAUUCAAGAUGAACCAUGAAUAAACUGAAUAAAAUCUGUAUCUGUCCAACACAUAGUGCCUGAAAACAAAAGACUUUGUCAUUGUGUUACAUGAGAAAACUAUUCAGCUCAGCCCACUAGCUGUCCCCGUCAAACACUUGAUUUGCUUUUUUAAAGUUUUACUGAGGUUGAUGUAUGAUGUGUCAAUAAAGCCAGUGAGCUAAAACAGAACAAAACCUUUGAGUUGAGAUCCAAGGGACCAACAUGUGCUUUCAAUUUGGACACUCCCAGCACCCCAUGGGUUUUCUUUUCAAUUUCACUCAACUGCUGCCAUGCCGCUAAAUUGAGCCCUUAUUUUCCCCCUAAAAUUGUUAUGGAAGUCCUGGUGGUCAUUGUUAUGUUCUUUGUUUUGUUUCUGUCUGUUUGCUGACUGCCUGGUUACAGGUGGUAAUCCUACAGUAUCAAUUCACAGCUAAUAGUAUAAUAAUCCUGUAAGUGUAAUUGAUUUCCUAUUAAUGUAACAGAAGUUAAUGGUCAUUCAUUUUAUAUUAUACUAAUUUGUUUAAACACACUACUAAAUAUGCAGAAAGUGUUUUGAUAUGCAAUAAUAAACAUCUAAUGUUAUCCCUUAUGUGAAAUCAUUCAAACAACCAUCAAUUCUUAAACUCGUCUAUUAAUAAUUUUAAUGGUUUAUUAAUUUAUUACCUCUGGGAGUUCAACCAUCUUUCUGUAUAAUGUGAUUUACAUGUCAAAACACAUUCAGGUUUUCAUUUACUGGCUCCUAGUGUGUUAAAUUAUAAAUGAAUCCAAGUUUGGUGUAUGCGUUCUACUUUGGACCCCGAGACAAUGUGAAAUUACGUUGUGUCUUUUGAGGCAGCUUUUGACACAUUUUUUCAUAUACAUGAAAAGAAAUAUUACCUUCUCUACUUUCACUGAUUGUAAACCAAUAAGCAGUAUUUUACCUAUGAACUCGAGCCCUUUUUUCAAUAAAGUCGUAUGAA